GUGAUCUACCAUGCGCACUGUGCAGUGAUCAUCUUUAGCUCCACCCACCAGGCCCGUCUUUAUAUGGCCACAGCAUUGAGUGUUCUGUCUUCCGCUCGUCUCUUCGGCUUGAGUUCAGACUCUCAGUCCUCUCACAUCAUAUCAUCUGUAAGUGCAAUGGCUGCAAAAACCGAGCGCACCUUCAUUGCCAUUAAGCCUGAUGGCGUCCAGCGAGGUCUUGUUGGAGAAAUCAUCAAGCGGUUUGAACAGAAAGGUUUCAGACUGGUGGCAAUGAAAUUUCUUCAGGCCUCUGAGGAUUUGCUGAAGCAGCAUUACAUUGACCUUAAAGACCGGCCAUUCUACGCUGGACUUGUCAAGUACAUGAACUCUGGGCCAGUUGUUGCAAUGGCGUGGGAGGGUCUGAAUGUUGUCAAGACUGGAAGAGUGAUGCUCGGAGAGACCAAUCCUGCCGACUCCAAACCCGGCACCAUCAGAGGGGAUUUCUGUAUUGAAGUGGGCAGGAACAUCAUUCAUGGCAGUGACUCUGUGGAAAGUGCCAACAAAGAGAUCAAUUUGUGGUUUAAGCCCGAAGAGCUCGUGGCAUACAAGAGCUGUGCGCUGGACUGGAUCUAUGAAUGAACUCUGCCAACAAAUGCUUGAAUUGCUGACAUUAUGCACUUACUGCUUGACAAGUUCCCCAGACCCUGAGAUUUGUGUGAUCUCCUCUUGUCUAAAGCACUUGUAUGAAUAAAUCCCAAAUCUCUGA